CUUUACGGCAACGAAAUCGGAUCCCAUUUUUCUCGUUGCUUGCGAUAGUGCGUGCCGGCAAAGAAUACAUCAAGACGCACGAAAAUAAUGCACCCACUACUAGAGGCUUUUUUUUUCUGCGGCGCAAUCUGAUUAAAAAUAUUUAUCAGGAGGCUAAAUGAAAUACUACUCUAUUCGAAUGAUGUCUAUUGAGCCAUCGGAUGUACAUGUCUAUGUCAGUCGUAAACGCGGCACUGCAUCAGGAGGAGGAUGUCGCCCAACUGGAAGAUCCGUGGCGUAGUUUCACUGGUAACCUCGCGACCUCCAUGUUUGGUUCAUUACAAAUAUCGGGAGCCGAUCGAUGCAGCUUGGCUGAGCACUCACUUCCAUCUUACCCGGUUUUUUUUUUGCAGUUCAGCACUUACAACUUACCGCUCAAUGUUUGCUGCGUCAAUGUAUGAAAUGAAAAUGUGGAUGACAUUCCAGCGAUUCCUUUUGGUCAACUUUUGGAGUUGUAGAGAGAAACAGAAACAGAACGACUGUGUUGCACUGAGAAUUUUAGAAAAAGAGGGAGAAUAA